ACGCGCAGAGGCACCCAGCCCCGCCCUCAGGGUCCGCGGGAGGCAGUCACGUGACCACGCCAGGGAGCGGGGGCGGAGUCAAGCGGCCGGGACGCCGCCUGGUCGCCUGGCAACGGCCUGGACGCUGAGCUAUGGAAGGGCUGAAGAGCAGGGAACUUCAAGCCAGAGAUUAUUUGGAAAAACAUCGGAUCAUGGAGCUGCUGCACCACCUCACCAGCGUCCUCCUCUUUGUUCGGCCUCCAAAACCAAAAGAGUAUUUAAUCUCUCUUUUGGAACGUCUGAGAAUUGCGAAAAUCACUGGCGUCGCGUUUCCUUUCUUCGUGGAUAACUCGAACAUCGUGGCUAUGUUUGACAUGAUGGACUCCUCGGGCAAAGGCACCAUAUCAUUUGCUCAGUAUAAAGAAGCCUUGAAGAACCUGGGUCUGUGCGCUGCAGAUGAAGUCUUUAAUGACGACGGACACAGAAUAGCUCUGGAAAAAUUCAGGGAUGAAGUGAAUACAAGGACUUGGAAAAUAUGGAAGGCUUUUUAGUAACACCAUAAAUCCAAGCAAAUAAAUGAUUCUAUAAAAUUUUCAUUUAUCCAGUUUUGUUAAUUCACAACUGUAUCACACAGCUUGAAAUCCAACUGCCUUUUUGUUU